UUGAUUAUUUUGUGGUUUGUGGAUUAGAUAAAUAUCUUGAUGUUGAAUCUUUAUCCGAAUUACCUGUAGGUGAACAAGUUUUAAAUCCAUUUCAAUGUUCAUAUCGAUGUCGUGUAUUAUGUCAUUAUCCACAUGAAGUUCCAAAUAAUCCAUUUAAUGAAGAUGCGAUUAGUCGUUCGUCAAUGCCAGAUGGUGUUUCUAUUCGACUAAAUUCUCCUGAUCCCCGAACAACACAUCCUUUUUUAAUAACACGUCUUGAUGGAACACGUUAUUAUGAUGUUGUAUUAACAUUUUUUGAACAAAUAAAUAAUGAUGAUGAAAAUAUUUCUCAAUGUUCAUCAUCAACAGCAUUUAUUUCUUUAAAUCGUUUAAUUGAAAAUUAUAAUCGAACAUGUCGACAUCAACGUCGUUCAUCAUUAUUAAUUUAUGCAAGCAAAACUAUUUGUUUAAUUGGUCCAUAA